AGUGUUUGUAGCAGUGAUUCACUCAUUGUUUGUGUUUUUGUGAAUCAAUGAGAUUUAGCGCCAAAAUGGGAGACAAUGAACGCAUUGAAGGCAUUGAAGGCAUUGAAGACUUGGGACCCGAUGUGGAGACUGUGGACUGCGAGACCAUAACGAUGUUGGAUGUGCUUCAAGAGGAACAGGACUUAGAGGCGGACGCGUUCGCAGUGCUCGGCGGCAGUGACGACAAGAACUGCACUUACCUUAAGGGUUAUGUGAGCCGUCAGGCGCUGUACGCCUGCAAUACGUGUCAAUUGGUGGCCACGACUGCGGCCGACGCGGAUGUGGCGCAGAGGGCGGCCAUAUGUCUGGCCUGUAGUUACCGCUGUCACGACGGCCACGACCUCAUAGAGCUGUACACUAAACGCAACUUCCGGUGCGAUUGCGGUAACGAUAAGUUCGCUGAAAGUAAUUGCAAAUUAUAUUCAAAAUCGGGAGUAAAUGUUGACAACCAAUACAAUCACAACUUUGAUGGCAAGUAUUGUGUGUGUCUUCGGCCAUAUCCUGAUCCCGAGGAUGAUGUGGACGACCAGAUGAUACAGUGCGUGGUGUGUGAGGACUGGUAUCACGGAAGGCAUUUGGGAAACUUUGACGAAAACGUGGAAUUUUCGGAAAUGAUUUGCAAUCUGUGUGUCACUCGAUUGCCAUUCCUCUGGUUCUACAACAAGACAUUUGGCCAAAAAAUAGAAGCGAAUGAAUCGAAUGCAGACAUCGAUGUCUUGUCGGCUGAACAGAAAGAGAGUCCCAAAGUGUUGGCAAUGAGUGAGCCGUCGAUGGUUUGCAGCGAUUCUCAAGCUGUCGACAGCGGUAUUGAGAACUCAUGCGAUUCGAUGAACGACUCGUCGGGCAAAUUGACGACUCAAUGCAAACUAAACGCUUUGAAAUCGGUAUCAAAUGUUGAGAAUCCACCGACGGGUCAGUUGGAGGCCACGUAUUGGCCGAUGGAAUGGCGCCGACUUCUCUGCAAAUGCAAGAACUGUAUGACUCUAUACUCGGAUAAGAAAUGCAUGUUUUUAACCGACGAGAAGGAUAUGGUUCACUACUACGAGAAGGAAGGCAUGCAAUCCAAUACACGGCAAAGUGAUUACGACAAAGGAUUGUCUGAAUUGGGAAAAAUGGAUAGAAUUCAACAAAUUGAAUACAUUAGCGGUUACAACGAUUUGCAGAACUCUUUGAAAGAGUAUUUGCGAACAUUUGCCGAAUCGAAGCGUACGGUUCGCGAAGAAGACAUCAAAGAGUUCUUCCAACAGAUGUCGGCCCGAAAGAAGCAAAAGCUCGACAUUCCCUACAAUUGCAAAUAAAGCCACACUUUUCAUGUCUAUUAUUCUUAUUAUUACGGCUUUGCAUCUCAUUAUAAAUUUCAAUAUUUGUUUGUUUUAUAAAUUUAUUUUUAAAGGUCUUAAUCUGAAAAACAAAAUGACUUUUAAAUGUUUAACAAAAUGCACC